GAACGUUUAUGGGUGGCCUUCUCAGCUGCCUACCCUGCAAGGACGUGGGCCCAUUGAGGCCCACGACUGGCUGCACUAGGCCAGAUGGAAAGGCUUGGGCGGACGUCGUGGUCAAGAUUGGCGGUUCCGCCUGCACAAAGAAGGCCACUUUCGAGACGCUGAACGACGUCGCACUUAGCGCCAUCUGCGGUCAGCUCGCCACCCUCCCCAAGGAAGGUUUCAGCCUCGCUGUAGUUCACGGGGCCGGCUCCUUUGGCCACCAGCACGCCAAAGAGUACGGUGUCUCGAAGGGGGCAGAGAAGGCCAUGGCGCUUUCCGAGCGACUCAGGGAAGGCUUUGCCAAGACGCGGCUCUCCGUGACCACGUUGAACAAACAUGUCAUCACCGCCCUUCUAAAGGAAGGUCUUCCUGCUGUGUCGAUGUCACCGUGCCCGUUUGUGGAAACCUCCGCGAAGAAGCUCGUCGGCGGGCGGCUCUCGCCCUCCACGGUGGACGGCACGAGAGGCCUGCUGGGGCGAGGUUUCGUGCCGGUCGUGCAUGGGGAUGCAGUUUUAGAUGAGUCGCAGGGCGUCGCAAUCCUCAGCGGAGACGUUUGGAUGGUAGAGCUCUGCCGAGAGCUGGGCGCAAAGUCCGCCGUGUUUGUAACUGAUGUUGACGGCGUCUUCACGAAGCCACCCUGGGAAUCCGGUGCUCAGCUG